AGAGAUGGGCACACACAGACAGAGAGCGAUAGAGAGAGAGAGAGAGAGAGACAGAGAGAUGGGCACACACACACACACACACAGACAGGGAGAUGGGCGCACACAGUAGAAGAGAGAGAGAGAUGGGCACACACACGGAGACAGCUCUCUGUGUGUGUGUGUGUGUGUGUGUGUGUGUGUGUGUGUGUGUUGGGGGGGGGUAUCUGAAUUCCUCUGACGCAGGCAGUGAGUACAGACGUCUCGCGCGCACCGUGUGCAUCUUUCCGUCGUCUCCGUUGUUAACGUGCCAGUCUCCGUUCUUUCCGUCUUUCUCUUGCUUCCUGAGUGCUGAGCGUGCUGCGCUCUCCGAGGUGCUGAAACCCGGUCGUCUCUCCCGUUAAUGAACACGCGGUUCGUCAGCGACGCACGCGCCUUUAAUGCGACACGGCGCGGAGGCAGACGGUCGCGCGAGAGCCGGACUGAACCCCUUAGCCACCCCCACCCACCCCCUCUCCCAGUUUCCCGCCCCUCGUGAGAGAAUAACGGAGAGAGGGGAUGAGGGGAACUGAGCUGCUUCUGCACGUCGAGCGCGCGGUCUAAAGGAUGGCGCCGUGUUUGGCGCGCGCGGUGCUGCGCGUGCUGAGCUGUUUCAGCGUGUCGCGGGUUUUGGCUGACAGUUUAGCUCCUCCUGUAAAUGUGUCUAUCCGGGAUCUAAAGGCCAAUUCAGCUACAGUGACAUGGGACAUUCCAGGAGCAGAGCCAGUUAUUGGAUUUGCCAUCACACAGCAGAAAAAGGACGUGCACAUGCUGCGCUUCAUACAGGAAGUGAACACCACCACACGGAGCUGUGCAUUGUGGGAUUUGGAGGCGGAGACGGACUACAUCGUGCACGUGCAGUCCAUCAGUGUGCAGGGGACGAGUCCGCCGAGCGAAACUCUGCGUUUCAGGACGCCAAAGGAAGCCGAGAGACAGGCGUCUAAAAACGAAGUCACCAUGGAGGAAGUGGGGCAAGCCAGUCAGCUCAGGGCGGGGGAGCUCAUCAUCAUCGUGGUGGUGCUAGUAAUGUGGGCAGGUGUGAUUGCCCUCUUCUGCCGUCAGUACGACAUAAUCAAAGACAACGAGCCUAACAAUAACAAAGACAAAGCCAAGAAUUCGUCGGAAUGCAGUACCCCUGAGCAUCCGACAGGGGGGCUGUUACGGAGCAAGGUGUAACCCCACCACCUCCACCUCCACCCAGAGCUCAGAAGAUGACGAGCAGCAGUUCCUCAACCACAGCAACAACAGCAACAACCAGAUGCCAUCUGUGACCGUUAUCAAGGUGUGACAGGACACAUUUCGUCAAAAAAGGACAAAAGAUUAGAGUGUAAUGACAGCACACGCUGCUCCAGCUGAGGCUCGGAUGAGCCGGGUAUCACGGCACCUGGCUCCAGUCUGAAGAGCAACAGAGAAGAUAACGGACAAACAGGAGGACGUACAGUACGUGCGGCGCCAACGGGUUUUAGUGACGAGACCAGAGCCAACGCUGGCCGGCAGUGAGGAGAUUAAAAUGGAGGGCUGCAAAGGAAAGCAGUCUUUUCUCCUCGUCUUAUCAGGAAACAACCAGCUGCUCUCUACAUCAUUACACUGACGUGGAUGAGAACACUCUGGAGUGACGUAAACCUCGCAGGACUUCUUCUCAUCCCGUCUUUUCGGCGUCUCGAUUCUCAACGUGCUCUUCGAGUGAGAUCAAACUUUUGAUAAAGCUACAGUGAUUUCUACCACAGCACUGUUUGAAUUUCUUUUCUAUAACAGCAGCUCUGACAGCAGUGCAGCUGCAAGUCACAGGUUUAUAUUCUCCUCUAGUUUCUAUAGCAACUUCUUCUUUGUUUUUAAAAAAAAAAGAAAAGAAAAACACAAUUGGUGAUGUGAGGUUUUCUGUAAGGAGACGUUUCCUUCACAUUUAUGGAAGGAGUCUCCAGUGUCAGUGUUUUUUUUUUUUUUUUACAGUAAGAUUUUCUGACAGUUUCAGGAGUUUACGCUUUUGCGGUUUCUCUGUAACAUGACAAGCUGUUUGUUUGUUUUUUUGUCUUAUUAACUUCAAGAGACAAUAAAUAAGAGAGAGGACGGGUGAGGGGACGACUGCUUAUUUAUAGCUGCUAUAACAUAUGUGAUAAUAGGAGAUGGUAACUUGUUUCCAGGAUGUUCCACAACAUUAAACGUAACUCUAAAAGGACAAAAAAUACACUGUCAUGUUUUAAUAAAUAAGAAAUUGGAAUAGCUGGUAAAUUUCCGUUGUAUAAGGGGAAUGAAACACUUCAGGAUGUGCUGUUAUUGGAGAAUAAUGAACUUCGUGGUGGUAACAGUAACGUAAUUGAUUAAUUUCCGAAAACAGCGUGUUUUUAUUGCUCAGUAAUGUGCUUGAAUAUGGAGUGAUGUGUAACACAGUGCUAGACUUGUGUGAGAGAAUCUGAAAUAUUUGCGUUAAGGCUCUCUAUUUGCGAAGACAAACGGUUGCCUGUUUUAUAUCCAGUUAAUGUGUGUUUACAGAAAAUAAGAGAAAGGGGACAAUAAAUAAGAAAAAUAAAAUGCAGAAUAAAAUUCGAUAACUUUUUGCAUAUAUAAUGUAUAAACAUUUGCAUGUGUAUAGAUUAUUAUAUAAUCGUCAUAUUUCCGGAACCGAUGCGUGAUGUAAUUUUGGUGGUUUCUCCUUUUUAGAUCUACAGGCCAGUGAACCCCUAAUGUCUUCUUUUUUCAUUGUUUUGUUAUUAUAAUUUCCUGAGCAUGUGUAACUCGUCAGUUAGAGGAUAAAUCCAGUGCAUCCAGUGUAAAAAGUGUGAUGAUGUGUGAAAAGACGAGAAGACAAGGUAGUUGUGGAGCUGCUAUCUUAAUCCCUACUGAAAGGCUUCUGUGCUAAAGGACACGCCUCUCAAGGACGUCUACUCGGGUAUCUCACAGACGCCGGAACCUCCUCCGGGGAAAUGCACCUCUACUUUCAACAAGGGCUGAAAACUCUUCACAUCAGCAAUAAUCCAGGACUUGAUAAUGAGAACUUCAUAACGGGGGAAUUAAUUAACAGUGACUUUCAGUGGGAUUUAAAAGUAUCACUUUUUAUGAUCGAUGAUACAUUUUUUUUGUAUGCCUAAAAUGAGAAAAACAAACGAUGACGUGAUGUCAUCAUUUUUAGAUGUGUCAUUUUUUUAAUUUGAAUGAUGUCAUUUGUUUUCUGCUAAAAGUAGAAAUUCCUGCACUGUUUCGUUUUUUAGCACUAAAGUCAGUUUAGGUGCAUUAAUCCAGCUGAAAUCGCAUUAUGUAUAUAAUCUCUACACAUUCUUUGUAUUGCUUGUUGAAUGAUUUGAAAUAUUACUUUUUACAAUAUUCUCUGUAUUGUAGAUUUUAUAUCACACCACACAGAACACAUUAAAGCUGAAACAGAUUUGCUUUUGGGAUUUGAAGGGUGUUGAAGGCCGGGUGCGUCUCAAAGGCCUAAAUGAUAUAAUACUCAAAUUAAACUGUUAUGAUUUCACUGAAAAGUGUCUGUUAAUUACAUACACUCACACCACAGUGCUGUGGAAUUCUAAAUUCU